UUGGAGUGGUAGUUGACAGAUGCCAGACCGAGUCCGGUCGCUUCCCCGAUCGAGAGCUCUGGGCUCCGCCCGCCCCGUCAGUCCCCCCUUGAAGUCUGUGACCUGCAGCCUUCGCCCGCGGUGGAGCUAGGAAGAAGUGCUCGCUAAGAUGCAGAUUCCUAGCGUCUGCCCCCCUCCCCCAGAAAUUGGAAUUCUGGAGCUGUAUGGAGUACGACCUGGACUCUUGCAUUUCUGAAAACCGUUUCUUCAAGGUGCUUUCGAUGCGGGAGUUCCGCAGACCUGACUCUGAGAGGCCGGCUUGGGCUGUCAGCGUUUCUUGCCUCUGCGGAGGGUCGCGGUGCUUACUCUCUCCGUUCCCAGCAUCCGCCAGUGUCAUUGCCCUCGGAGAAGCCUCACGCCCCAGAUGGGAAGAAGGACCUCAGUUCUUUCUUCCUGGAAUUCAGCUGGUCCGCUCCAGCGUCUCCCUCGGACGCUCCCUUUACAGAAUGACACUGUGUUCAGUCUUUUGCCCUGAGAUCACAUCUUAGAUUCUCACCCCUCUUUUCCAUACUACUUCCUUCAGGCAGUUGUCAGGAUUGUUAGACGUCUGGGUGAUGCUCUGAAUGGGUGAAUUUAAAGUCCAUCGAGUUCGUUUCUUUAAUUAUGUUCCAUCAGGGAUCCGCUGUGUGGCUUACAAUAACCAGUCAAACAGAUUGGCUGUUUCAAGAACAGAUGGCACUGUGGAAAUAUAUAACUUGUCAGCAAACUACUUUCAGGAGAAAUUUUUCCCAGGUCAUGAGUCUCGAGCUACGGAAGCUUUGUGUUGGGCAAAAGGACAGCGACUCUUUAGUGCUGGACUCAACGGAGAGAUUAUCGAGUAUGAUUUGCAGGCCUUAAACAUCAAGUAUUCUAUGGAUGCCUUCGGAGGACCCAUUUGGAGCAUGGCUGCCAGCCCCAGUGGCUCUCAACUUUUGGUUGGUUGUGAAGAUGGAUCUCUGAAACUAUUUCAAAUCAACCCAGACAAAAUCCAGUUUGAAAGAAAUUUUGAUCGGCAGAAAAGUCGCAUCCUGAGUCUCAGCUGGCAUCCCUCUGGUACCCACAUUGCAGCUGGCUCCAUAGAUUGCAUUAGUGUGUUUGAUGUCAAAUCAGGGAGCGCUAUUCAUAAGAUGCUCGUGGAUAGGCAGUAUAUGGGCGUGUCUAAGCGGAAGUGUAUCAUAUGGGGUGUGGCCUUCUUGUCCGAUGGCACUGUCAUCAGUGUGGACUCUGCUGGGAAGGUGCAGUUCUGGGACUCAGCUACUGGGACGCUUGUGAAGACCCAUCUCGUUGCAAACGCUGACGUGCAGUCCAUUGCUGUCUCUGAUCAAGAAGACAGUUUCGUGGUGGGCACAGCCGAGGGGACAGUAUUCCAUUUUCAGCUGGUCUCUGUGACUUCCAGCAGCAGCGAGAAGCAGUGGGUGCGGACAAAGCCAUUCCAGCAUCACACUCACGACGUGCGAACCGUGGCCCACAGCCCGACAGCACUGAUAUCUGGAGGCACUGACACCCACUUAGUCAUUCGUCCUCUCAUGGAGAAAGUGGAGGUAAAGAAUUAUGAUGCUGCUCUCCGAAAAAUCACUUUUCCCCAUCGACGUCUCAUUUCCUGUUCAAAAAAGAGACAGCUUCUCCUCUUCCAGUUUUCUCAUCACUUGGAUCUUUGGCGACUGGGAUCUACAGUUGCAACAGGAGGAAAAACCUCAGGGAAAUUUCUUGUUCCAGGAAAACAUGGGGAUACCCUUCCACUCUCUAAAGAUGCAGAUCAUUUACUGCACCUCAAAACAAAGGGUCCCGAGAACAUUAUUUGCAGCUGUGUAUCCCCAUGUGGAAGUUGGAUAGCGUAUUCCACGGCUUCUCGGUUUUUUCUCUGUCGGUUGAAUUAUGAACAUGACAACAUAAGCCUCCACAGGGUUUCCAAAAUGCCAGCGUUCCUUCGCUCUGCUGUUCAGAUUUUGUUUUCUGAAGAUUCAACAAAGCUCUUUGUGGCUUCAAAUCAAGGGUCUCUGCAUAUCAUUCGGCUGUUGGAAGGAAGCUUCAAGCACCUGCAUACUUUUCAGGCUCAGUCAGGGACAGUGGAGUCCAUGUGUCUUUUGGCGGUCAGUCCAGAUGGGAAUUGGUUAGCUGCAUCGGGCACCAGUGCUGGAGUCCAUGUGUACAAUGUGAAACAUCUAAAGGUAGCCGGCAAGAGAUCGCAGCCCCUGACCUGGGCGCUACGGGAGCUUCACUGCACGGUUCCUGCUUACAAUUUCCCUGUGACUGCUCUGGCCAUAGCCCCCAAAACCAACAACCUGGUCAUCGCUCAUUCUGACCAGCAGAUAUUUGAAUAUAGCAUCCCAGACAAACAGUAUACAGAGUGGAGCCGGACCAUCCAGAAGCAGGGGUUUCAUUACCUUUGGCUCCAAAGGGAUACUCCCAUCACACACAUCAGUUUUCAUCCCAAGAGACCAAUGCACAUUCUUCUCCACGAUGCCUACAUGUUCUGCAUCAUCGACAAGUCGUUGCCUCUUCCAAAUGACAAAACCUUACUGUACAAUCCACUUCCUCCCACAAAUGAAUCAGAUGUCAUCAGGAGGCGCACAGCCCAUGCCUUUAAAAUUUCUAAGAGAUAUAAGCCUCUACUCUUCAUGGAUCUUUUGGAUGAAAGAACACUGGUGGCAGUAGAAAGGCCCCUGGAUGACAUCAUCGCUCAACUCCCACCACCCAUCAAAAAGAAGAAAUUUGGGACCUAAAACAGGGCACUGUCUGUGUCCUUCCUUGAACUGUUCUACCCUAUGUGUUUUCACAAAUCAUGUUAAUAAAAAAAUGUUAUUCUUUAGAA